UAAAUCUAAAAAAUACAUCUGGGAGGUUAUAUCAACAACUUUAGAAGAUCUUGAAAAUUAUAUUAAUGACCCUAAAGAGUUGAAGUCGUCCAGUGGUAAAGAUAAAGCUUUUUACAACAAAGUGACGAAAGAACUCGUACCUGCUAUUAAACAAUCUAUUGAGGAAAGACGGGAAGCUCGAAAAUUGCGUCAAGAAAAACUAGCACAGAGAGUUGCUUUAUUACAUGCGAAUUCUGAAGUUAUUGCUAGUCGUACUCGCAGUGGUACAAGGAGAGCGAUGGGUCUUGAACCUGACAAAAAAUCUGCAUCAACAUUAUCUUCUACCUCAUAUACUAAAAGUAGAUAUGACGAAGCUUAUAAUUAUUCUGCAGGACCACAUAUGACGCGGGCGAAAGCUGCUCGUGAAAGUGCAAAGCGAAAAUAUAUCGAUUAUGAUGAUGAUGCCGACUCUCAAGAUUCUUUAGGACGCCAAUCAACACGAUCAACACGAUCAACUCAAUCCAGUCUUGCAAGCAAAGUGGCAAGAAUCUCAACGAAUGAUUAUUCUCAACAAACGUCCGAUGAUCUUAGUUCACUUUCAAAUGGAAUUUCGACUGAUUUUAGAAUAGACGGGGAUGAGAUGAUUGUUAGUUCGCAGGAAAAAAUAAGUGAACCGAUGAGUCGAUCUGUUUCAAACAUUAGUCAAACUUCAUCCACUUCCAAAUUAUCUCGAGAAAUUUUUGGAACAGACUCUAUAACAUCGGUAUCAGAAAAGGCAGGCGAUGAUGAUUAUAAAGAGGUUUUUGGUUCAGACGAUGGUACUGAAUUAUCCGAGCCUGAAGAAGUUUUAGGCA